AUGGACGCCGACCCAAGAAGAAGCUAUAUCACCGUGAACCUGGUCUUGACAAGGCCAUGGAUCUUCAAAAGAAGCCUGCUCUUCUCCUUCAUCUGCGUGACCUCAUUUUGGCACAAAAGACAGGGUCACUACUUGUACGUGACCUUGAAAAGGAGGUUGGCUUUGUCCAAAAAUGGAGCUUUCUUUCACUUAUCGAGCGCCACCCCAAUAUCUUCCAUGUCUCUGGUGGAAGUGCUUCCCGAGAGCCCAUUUCUGUCACACUUACAGAAGAAGGCCAGAAAGAUAUCCAGUGAAGAGGCUGAAGCGCGAGAGCUAAUGGAGCCAAUCUUGGCGAGAAACCUUAGGAAGUUACUGAUGAUGUCGAUGGACUGCCAGAUUCCUCUGGAGAAGAUUGAACUAAUCCAGUCUGAACUGGGCUUACCUAAGAACUUCAAGAGCAACUUGAUUCCAAGGUACCCUGAUUUUUUCUCAAUCCGUGAUGUGAAGGGACUGGACCAUUUGUGUCUGGAGAAUUGGGACUCUUCACUAGCAGUCACAAUACGAGAAGAAAAAAUGAAUUUUGAGGGUUUCCAGAUAGGCCGUAGAGGGAUUCCUAAAGAUGGAAAUUUCUUGGGUCCUUUUGCUUUCAAGUUGAAGUAUCCAGCAGGAUUUAGGCCAAACCGGAAGUACCUUGAGGAGGUUGUCAGGUGGCAGAAAAUGGCAUUUCCUUCACCUUAUUUGAAUGCUAGGCGAGUCGAGUCUGCAACACCACAGGCACGAAAGCGUGCCAUUGCUAUUCUGCAUGAGAUUUUGAGCCUGACAAUGGAGAGGCGGUUGACAUCUGAUAAGCUAGAUAUAUUUCACAACGAGUACAGGCUUCCAUGCAAAUUACUUCUUUGUUUGGUGAAAAAUCAUGGCAUCUUCUACAUCACUAACAAGGGAGCAAGAAGCACAGUCUUCCUCAAGGAAGCUUAUGAAAAUAGUAACCUUAUUGAUAAGUGUCCUUUACUGAAAUUCCAUGAUCGAUUUGCAUCUUUGAUUGGCCGACCGUGCUCCAACUCAGACAACAUGCUGGCGUCCUUUGGGAGGCCACUCUGGUUUUCCAGUGACUUACAGAAGAUUAAGGCAAUGUUUGCUUGGCCACAAAUGAAGCAGUCAGUCCAUGACUUCGUCACACGGUGUCAGUCAUGUGCUCAGAACUCUGCAGUGUCCAAUCCAACUACAAGCUCUCAUUUUGUUAUUUUGGGCGUUUUCCUGCCAACAGCAAAAUCAAUGCAGUGGCAUAUGAAGUUCGGCUUCCUCAAUCUAGUUUAUCCAGUGUUUCAUGUGUCCCAACUGAAAUUGGCCAAGGGACCAACACACCAGGUCAAUGUCACCAUUCCUGACCUUGAUCUAAUUUGCAAAUUCUGUUGUCCAUUUUGGAUCAUUGCCUUUGACCCUUUGUUAACUUGCUCGCAAACUGAUCCCUCAAAUCCUUGUGCAUUGGUCAACGUGGCCUCCGUCUAUGGCCACUUGGGAGGAUGA